AGAUUUUGAAAAUGGGUUACAAGUUCAUUGGUACACGAAAAUGCUGAAUAAAUUAUUAUCAGUAGUUGGUUAAAAACUUCUAAAAUAAAGGCGUGUCCAGAAUCUAUGGCAACAACAAGUAAUGUCCCUCGGGAAAAAGUCCACAUCAAAAAUCAUCUUUCUUCGUCAAAACCAAAUCGAAAAAAGAAAAAGAAAACCUCUAGUUAAUCAUUGAGGAGGAGCAACACCAUGGAUUUAAUGUCUCAUUGUUCAUCAUUCCUUCUUCCUUGUAUUCCUCAAUCUUCAGAAGAUAAGAAAACUUAUGCUCUCAUACUUCUCAAUCAACCUCUCCCCAAAUUCACACCUCUCUUAUGGAACCAUGCAAAGUUAUGUUUAUGUGCUGAUGGUGGAGCUAAUAGAGUGUUUGAUGAAAUGCCUCUGUUAUUACCACAACAAGAUCCUCUUCUUGUUAGAAACAGGUAUAAACCAGAUGUGAUUAAAGGGGAUAUGGAUUCAAUUAGAACUAAAGUUAAAGACUUCUAUGCAAAUUUGGGAUCCCAAAUAGUGGAUGAAUCGCAGGAUCAGGAUACCACGGAUCUUCACAAGUGCAUAUCAUUUAUUCAGGAUGCUACUCCAAAUGUGGACAAAUCUGAUCUAUGCAUUCUUGUUGCUGGAGCACUUGGGGGAAGAUUCGAUCAUGAGAUUGGAAAUAUCAAUGUUCUUUGUAAAUUCUCAGACAUCCGGAUAGUUCUUAUAUCUGAUGACUGCCUUAUCCAACUUCUUCCAAGGACCCAUCGUCAUGAGAUCAAUAUCUUGUCAUCUGUAGAAGGCCCACAUUGUGGGCUCAUCCCUAUUGCUACAGCCUCUGCAAAAGCCACAACUUCUGGGUUGCAGUGGGAUCUUGAUGAUACUGAGAUGAAAUUUGGUGGGUUAAUAAGUACUUCGAAUAUCGUGAGGGAAGAGAAGAUCACUGUGCAAUCAGAUUCAGAUCUUUUAUGGACGAUAUCAAUUCAAAUACCAACUUGAAGGUUAUGUCCUCCACUUUAUGCCUGCUGCUGAGUUAAGUGAUGCAGGAUAUCUCUCUUUCUUUAUCUUUUGCUUCUUUUCUUCUAGUUACUUAUGUAGAUAAAGAAAACCUCCUACAGUAGAUUUGGUUUUAGAGUUGUUUGUUUAUAUAUGUAUAUAAGCACAACACGUUGAAGUUUAUGUAAACAGUUGUUUGCUAGUAAAACUGUAAUAUCAGGCGGGUAUUGGCAGUAUUGUAGUUGUCCAAUACCCUAACUGGUAAUCAAUUUCAGGUUCUGAAAACACGAAGAGGGGAGCAUUGCUUAUAGAGAAUAAUGAAGAUAUUAAUUGAGGUAAAAUAUGUGUCCCAAGAGUAUUGAAUACCUUAUCAAUUAACGCCAAUAUUUUUAA